UAUAGUGCAGGGUCGGGACGAGGCAAGUGCUUGAUUUUUGAUUUCUCAAAAUGGCGAUGAAGCUGUGAACGAUGUAAACAUGAUUGUUGUCAAGUGAAGGAUUCCGGGAUCAAAUGAUUAAAUGGCUUCCAUUAUCAGUGGUUCCGAGGCUGAUUUGAGCUCUGCUGCUGAUCCCGAGGAAGAAACACUUGGAGAACUUACUGAUGAAGAGCUCUUUGUUCUUGUAAAAGAUACGAACCACACUAAUGAUGUGCUUAUGCUGGAAACAAAAAUGUUCGAGAGUUACCUAAAAAGAGUUGAUCCCAAAGAUCUUGAUUUACAACAGCCAGGAAGUACUCAGCAAGCCACACCAGAGCCUACCCAACGAACAUUCAGGAAAAGAUCCAGAUCGCGUGGCCAUUCUAUUGACAAGCAUUUGAAAUUAACUGCAGAGCAGAAAUGCGAUAUAGCGACCAGAGAGCUGGAAGAGUUACGCGAGUCUAUUGAGAAAAUGAAAGAAGUUGCCGAAAAGAAACUAGAUAACUUUAAGGCUGUUAUGGAAGAAGCCGAUGUUCGAUACACCGAAGUGAAGAAAGCACAAUAUGAAUUUAAUCGCGACAUUGUCAAUGGUGCUGUUAACCCGAGAUCAAAUCGUGUGAUAGCUGAAAAACUGACAAGAUCAAUAGAUGAGAAACUUCGUUCUAGAGAUACAUUGAUUGAGAAAUUGCGCUUGAAAAAUUCGACAUUAAAAGUUCAACAGAAGAAAUUACAGCUGCAGUUGAAACAGAAGGAAGAGAUGGGAGAAGUUCUACACGAGGUAGAUUUCAACCAAUUAAAAAUUGAAAAUAGUCAGUAUCUAGAAAAAAUCGACGAGAGAAACCAAGACUUGUUGAGGUUAAAACUAAUGUCAACAAACGUUUUGCAAGUGUUGAAUACUUAUAAGAAAAAGCUUCAUGUGUUGACGAAGGAGUCGGACAGAUUAUACUCAGAAAUUAACCAGCGUAAAGAGCUACUGUCAAAAAUCGAAGCAGAAAUGAGUCUCGUUGAACAGGAGAAAACAGCUGCUCACGCAACCAACAAAAAUUAUCGGCAAAACUUACAAGAUUAUAAAGUCCCUGAUGUAAUGGAAUAUGUGCAGGAAAAAGCUCAACUUUACGAUUUGAGAAAAGCGGUGCAGAGUUGGGAACGAAAAGUUGAAAUAACUACAAUGGCUUUAAAAACCCAACAGAGCACAUGGAGACAAUUGAAAAUGAACGCUGGCGAUGUUCACCCACUGGUACGCGCGCCUGCUGCGCCAGAUUUCAACCACGUGCAGCAGGUUUUUGAUCGAGCCAUUUUAUUACAAGCGAGCUGUUAUUCAACGUCCAGCCAUGGUCGGUUAUGCUAAUAUCUGGAAUGAACUGAACAGUGCGUCGUUUCCAGAUAAAAGCUUGGUAUAUAGCUCUUAAAAGAUGGUAGCGCAAGGCAUCGACUGUUGAUGGCAAUCUGUGCUGUAUUUUCCACGAGUGAAAAGGUACAAUCUUGUACUGUUGAUUGUUGAAGAUACUGUCUGAGAACUUUAUCAACUGCAAACAAAGACAGCAGCUUUAUUAUAGCUCUCUUCCGUAGCAUCUGCUACAUCUCCGAGGAUUAAAAAAAAACCUAUGUAAAGUGGCUUGGUUUUCAUUACGUCAAAGCAUUUCUUUUUUCCUUUUCCAUGAAAGGAGCUAACUGAAUCGCAACCUGUGAAGGCGUGAAAUCCGACGAGAGCAUCAGUAACUUCACCAAGGGAGUUCGCGAUGUUAUGCAUAUCGAGAAUUUGAUUUUGUUCGCCAACGCCAGUUUCCACAAAAAAAACGAUGAUUAAAAUUAGGUUCAUCACUCAUAUUGAGUAGCCAGGCCAUGAAAUUGUACAGUAAUGGAGGAACAAAUUCUCGAACAUCUCUUUUAAAAAAAUCAGCAGAAGUGGGUGGCCAGUUUACGAUGAACGAUUCUGGCGCCUUGAUGACAUUGCGCAAGUAAAAUGCUGCAUGGUAGAGAUAGAAUUCCUCGCGUCGCGUUAUCACCCCACUCACUUUCGUCGCUGGAAGAACUCUCUGAUGUUGUACCUUCACUUUCUGUUAGAUUUGCAGAUUCUAACAUGUCCCCCGU